GGAACAUUAUGGCAACAAACAAGAUUAAGAGAUGCGCAAGCUGCAUGUGGCAGCGAAAAAAAUGUUCUGAGUCAUGUAUAAUGGCUCCUCAUUUUCCAUCCACCGAUCCCCACAAAUUCGAAAUAGUCCAUAGAGUGUUUGGAACCAGUAAUGUACUGAAAAUGCUUCAAGAUGUGGAAGAAAAUGAAAGGGCGGUUGCAGUAAAUAACAUGGCGUAUGAAGCAAACGCCAGAUUGGCAGACCCAGUGUAUGGGUCUGCAAGUGCAGUUUAUCAAUUGCAGAAGCAAAUUGCUGAGCUUGAAUCAGAGCUGGCAAUCACGCAGGAAGAAGUUGCGAGAAUGAGUAGGAAGCGAGAUGUGCUGAUUUCAAUCGUUAUCGGAGGAUCUCACGUUUGGUCUACAACACAACAAACUGAUGAUUUGAUUUUAGAAGACAUUGAUCUCUUGUGGGAGCCUCUGUGGAACUGGAAAGUUGAUUCUAUCAAGAUGGAAGGAAGUGGAUAACGCGAAUGAAGAAGGUAAUAGCUUAAGAGGAGGUAAAGGAAUAUGAGAUGGGUGCAGAAUAGGAGACACGACGUACAACUACAAACUUUUGAAACAAAUUUUAUCGCACUCAAUUUUGUGACCCAAAAUAAACUUUUUUAUUUAAGAUGCCAAGCUUAGUGUGAAAGUGAGAAAAUGAUCACAUAUAUUGAUGUGUGAAUUUUUUUAAGAUAUUGAGAAUUUUCAUAUAUUUUGAUAUUUAACAGUUACAUCUUAUUUUUUUUAUAU